GACUCCAGAGACAGCCUCAGAGGGGUGUCCAGGGCCAGAGAAAGGCAGACAGGCAGAGAUCAAGAGAGACAAAGUGAAGGAGAGACACAGAGAGAGAGUUAGACCCAGAAGGGGACAGGACCCCUACAUUGAUCACGUAGCCUCAGAGGCAGCUGGAGCCAGCCCUGAGAGAAAGCCUGCUGCCUAAACGUCCCCAUGGGCCACCUUCGGCCAUGGUUGCACACUUCUCUCCUCUGGGCCACAGUGGUCAGCCUGCUCCUCCCUCCUGCCAUGACCCAGCAGCUGAGAGGGGCUGGGCUGGGCCCCAGCAACUGGAACAACAAUGCAAAUGUCGCUGGGCCCUCAGAGGACAUAUCGACUGAGGUUAGCCACCAGAUCUACAACCACGGAGGCCAUCGAGAUGAGAAUGAGGAUGUUUCCACAGAAAAUGGGCAUCAUCUCCAGAGUCACAGAGCCCAUGGAGAGGAGGAGGAUGAUAUCUCCCAGGAAUAUGGCCUUCCACACAGAGACCACAGUUACCAAGGCCAUGAGAUAGCAGAUGGGCACAUCUCUGAGGAGGUCUUCACAGAGCGUGUUGAGCAAGCCUAUGGGCACAGAGGUCAGGGCAAGGAAGACGCCCGGGACUCAGCUGAGCAUGAGAACCACUUCCCCAGCCACAGGAGCCACAGUCAGGAAGAUGAGGAUGAGGAGGACAUUGUUUCCAGUGAGUAUCACCAUCGCAGCCCCAGGCACGUGCACCAGGGUCCUGGAGGGGGAGAUGACGAUGAAGGAGAAGAGAAAGAGGAGGAGGAAGGGGAGGAGGAGGUCUCUUCUGAGUACAGGCAUCAGGGCCACAGGCAUCAAGACCACGGGAAUGAAGAGGAGGAGGACAUCUCAGAUGAAUACCACCAUCAUAUCCCUCACCAUGGGCACCAAGGCCACAAAGAGGAAGAUGAUGACGAUGAUGAAGAUGAUGUCUCCACUGAGUAUGGACACCAGACACACAGGCACCAAGGCCACGGGAAUGAAGAGGAGGAGGACAUCUCAGAUGAGCAUCACCUUCAUGUUCCCAGCCAUGGACAUGGAGACCACAAAGAAGAUGAUGAUAUUUCUACUGAGUAUGGGCACCAGACCCAUAGGUAUCAUGGACACAGGAAUGAAGAAGAGGACAUCUCAGGUGAACACCACCAUCAUGUCACUGGCCAUGGGCACCAAGGCCAUAGUGACAAGGAAGAUGAAGAUGAGGAUGUGUCCACUGAGCAUUGGCACCAAGUUCCCAGACAUGACCACCAUGGCCGUGGGGAUGAGGAGGAGGUCAUAGUCAAGUUCAGCCAGCAUGUUACAAGGCACCAACCCCAAGGCCACAAGAGUGAUGAAGAGGAGGACUUCCCAGAGGAGUAUAAAACAGAAGUCCCUGGCCAUCACCACCAUGGAGUCUCUAAGGAGGAAGAUGAGGAUAUCUCUGCUGAACUUGGCCACCAGGCCCCCAGCCACAGGGAACAAAACCACCAAGAUGAAGGGACUGAUCGGGGUCACAGAGGGUCUAUUCAAAAGGACAUUAGUCAUCAGUCCCCAGAGCACAUGAGGGUCGGGAGGGAAAGUGAUUCAGGAGAGGAAGAGGAGAAGGAAGAGGAUGACGGCUCCCAUGAGGGAGAUGACGAAGGCCCAGAGCAGGGAGAGGAAGGAGCCCAACACCACCGCCUGGCCCAGGACGAUGAGCAGGAUGAGGAGGAAGGUCAUGGCCUAAGCCUGAGCCAGGAGGAGGAGGAGGAAGAGGAGGAGGAGCAAGAAGAGGAAGAGAGGAGGGAAGAGAGGGCUGAGGCUCUAGUUCCCCUGAGCCAAGAUCACAGAGAAGAGGAGGAAGAGGAGGAGGAGGAGGGCCUGGAGGAAGAUGAGCUCCCCUUUACCAUCAUCCCUAACCCCCUGGCCGGGAGGGAGGCGGCUGAGGAUGGCUCUAGUGAGGAGGAGAGCGGCGAGGACACAGGUCAGCAGGACACCCAGGAAUAUGGGAAUUAUCAACCAGGGUCUCUGUGUGGCUACUGCUCCUUCUGUAAUAGAUGCACUGAAUGUGAAAACUGUCACUGUGAUGAGGAGAACAUGGGAGAACACUGUGACCAGUGCCAGCACUGCCAGUUCUGCUAUCUCUGCCCUCUAGUCUGCGAAACUUUGUGCACUCCAGGAAGCUACGUCGACUACUUCUCCUCCUCCCUGUAUCAAGCCCUGGCAGACAUGCUGGAAACUCCGGAACCCUGACUUGGCCCCGUGGCUGUAUCGCAAUUUUACCUCCCCCUGCCUUCCACCCCCUUACCAUGAGCCAUAUUUAUUUCUCUGAAUAAACGUGUUCCCCGAAACCA